GCUGUUGGGAUGAGAGCAGCUCAGUGUGUGUGUGACUGCAGCCUGAUAAACACACACACACACGUGCGUGCGCACGCUCCUGAAAACACACUUUAAAAUUCUAACAUUUAAUUAAAAGUGAAAUUAAGUCCUCCAUCAUGGAUCUGGACCCGACCGUCAUCAUCCCCGCGAUCCUUUUCACCGUCGUUGCCAUUUAUUUCGCUUCGUCACUCCUGAGCAAGAAGGCCGACUCCGCCGCCGCCUCUGCCGGGAAGAAGAAGCCCAAAGUCGGCUACGGAGACGACGUCCCCCCGUCCAGAGCUCUGGGAGUCCCGCGAACAGAGCCUCCUGCUCCGGCUGUGGAGGUCGGCCCGGUCGCCGAGAAGAUCCAGGACUCACAGGUUCAGGCUGUUCCAGAACCCGCGUCAGCACCAGAACCUGUCCCUGAACCAGUAAAAGUACCAGAACCUGUGUCGGCACCAGAGCCUGUCCCUGAACCAGUGAAAGAACCAGAACCCGUGUCGGAACCAGAACCUGUCCCUGAACCAGUGAAAGUAUCAGAACCCGUAUCAGCACCACAAUCUGCUCCUGAACCAGUAAAAGUACCAGACCCAGUCACAGUAUCAGAGAUUGUACCAGAACCAAAACAUGUUCCAGAAGUAGCUGCAGCACCAGAACCUAUCCCAAAGCCAGAACCUGUACCAAAGCCAGAAUCAGUACCUGAACCUAUCCCAGAGCCAGUUUCAGCACCUGAACCUGUCCCAGAACCAGCUGCGGUUCCAGAACCAGCAUCAGUACCCGAACCUGUCCCAGAACCUGUUGCAGUGCCUGAUCCAGAGCCUGAACCGGUAUCUGAAGUGAUCCAGCAGCUUGCAGCUGAACCUGAACCCGAGCAGUCCUCACCUGAGAUAAUCCCUGCAACCACAGAAGACCACCUGCCGACCCCUGAACCCGUCGUGGAAGCACCUACUGAGCCUGAACCGGAACCUGAACCAGAGACCGUCCUGAACAAUGAUGUGGCUGCAGCCGAAGAUAAAGUGACGUUCACUCCGGGGAAGAAACAGAGCAAGUUUGAGACGCUGAUGACCAAGGAGGAGAUCGAGGAGGAGCAGAGGGUGCAACAGGAGCAGCUGGCGGCUAUCUUCCUGUUGCUAAGGGCGAACCAGGAGGUGCUCGGGGAGGUGACGGAGGGCGACAUGGAGGAGCAGCUGAAGCUCUACUCCCUGUGAGACGCCGCCGUACCUGCUGAACACUAAAUCACAAAACCGGAAUGUAAAAUAUUGUAGAUUUACGUUUUGUUUUUGUUUUUUCUUUACCUUUAUUUAACCAGAAAGAACCUCACUGAGAUAACAAAUCAGGUGAAACACCUGCAGUGUUAUUAUUUAUUUAGUACAAAUGAGGAACCAAUAAAAUUACGUGUGAGGGGAAAAAGGCCAGAGCUUAGGGAAUCAGACCUCCCCCCUGGCCCCUCAGGCCCCUCAGACCUCUUAGACCCCUCGGAUCCCACAGACCCCUCAGAACUAUCUCCUCAGGUACCUCAGACCCUUCAGACCCGCUUGUUUCUCACCUCAUAUUUGAUUCUCCUUCGUAUAAUUGAACCUCUCACUCACGCUUAAACCCCAUUGGCUCACAGAACCAGGGGCCUUGAGAGAGGACAGCAGUUGGGCCCUUCUUGAUAUUUUGGCUCCGUUUUUGUCCAUCUUUAUGAUAACAACUGUACGUGUUGCAUUAUGGGUAAUGUAGUGUUUUCUAACUGGAUCACAUGUUCUCUGAAGACUUUUGAGUUUUAUUUCAAAUUAACUGUGUAAUGACUUUUUUUUCUUCUUGACAAUAAAUAUAUGAGAAUCAAA